ACAGUGAGCUGCCAAAGAGGAAGUGCAGCUUGUUUUCUUUCAUUUUCUUGAUUCCUAUGCUGUAGGAAGAUGAAAGGAGAAGGAGGAGGAGGCAACAGCGGCAGCCAAACUUAAUAAAUAAUUCUGACGAUUCCUGAUAUCAAAUGGAGGCCCCUGAGUGGGACCCACUGAAAAAUGACACCCUUCCGCCGACCCUGACGCCAGCUGUCCCUCCGUAUGUGAAGUUGGGGCUGACCAUUGUAUAUACUGUUUUUUAUUCACUGCUUUUUGUGUUCAUCUAUGUCCAGCUCUGGCUGGUCCUUCACUACAGGCACAAGAGGUUCAGUUACCAAACUGUCUUUCUGUUUCUGUGCUUGUUUUGGGCCUCUCUUAGGACUGUGCUCUUUUCAUUUUACUUCAAAGACUUUGUCACAGCAAAUUCUCUCAGCCCCUUCAUCUUCUGGCUUCUCUAUUGCUUCCCAGUUUGCCUCCAGUUUUUCACCCUGACCCUGAUGAAUCUUUACUUCACACAGGUGAUUUUCAAAGCUAAGUCAAAAUAUUCCCCAGAACUACUGAAAUACAGGUUGCCCCUCUACCUGGCUUCUCUUUUCAUAAGUCUCCUCUUCCUCUUGGUGAAUUUAACAUGUGCAGUAUUGGUGAGGACACAGAAUUCAGAGAGAAAAGUCAUUGUCUCUGUCCGGGUGGCAAUUAAUGACACGUUGUUUGUGCUGUGCGCUGUUUCACUCUCCAUCUGCCUGUAUAAGAUUUCCAAGAUGUCUUUAGCCAACAUUUACUUGGAGUCCAAGGGCUCAUCAGUCUGUCAGGUGACAAGCAUAGGAGUGACUGUUAUACUACUUUAUACCUCACGAGCCUGUUACAACUUGUUCAUCUUAUCGUUUUCCCAGACCAAGAAAGUCAAUUCUUUUGAUUAUGAUUGGUACAACGUAUCAGAUCAGGCAAAUCUGAAAUGUCAGCUGGGAGACGCAGGUUACAUAGUGUUUGGAGUGAUCCUUUUCAUCUGGGAGCUCUUGCCUACUUCCUUGGUUGUGUAUUUCUUCCGUGUCCGAAACCCUACAAAAGAUCUAGCCAACGCAGGAAUGGUCCCAAGCCAUGGCUUCAGUCCCAGGUCUUAUUUCUUUGACAACCCGCGCAGAUACGACAGCGAUGACGAUCUAGCAUGGAAUAUUGCACCACAGGGGGCACAGGGCAGUUUCUCUCCAGACUACUACGACUGGGGCCACCAGCACAGCAGCUUCAUGGCUUACAUAGGAUCCCUCCAACAAGAUCCAGCACUGGACACAGACCGGCCAAGCCCGUUAUAACUUCAAUCAACUGCAGCACUCUAGGACAUUCCAAUAUUAAACCAGAUAUUCUGAAAAACAAAGCUUAGCAAUUUUUCUUCACCUUUUGGUUUUUAGAAGUGCUCCUAUGCACAGAUAAAUGAAGAACUUGUCUUUGCCACGAGCUUUUCAUAGUUCAAGAAGUAUAAGCUAAUGAUUUAAACUUUGAAGACUGUCCCAAUUAAUACCUUGUUCUAAGCCACGGCAUUUUUGGCUUUGAAUGGAGUUGUUAGAGGGUGUAAUUUAAUCACUUUAUGCUCAUUUUAAAAGAGCAAAUUUCAUGAAGUGAAAUGGCAUAAUUAUUUUCUAAGUAUUUUAUUUUUACACUGUCUUAGGUUAGAAAUACAUGAUUACGUUGAAUAUACUGUAAACGCAUGAAUGGGUUGUUCAGCCGCAUGACAGUAGCAAUUCUUACAUGCACAUAAAAGCCUGUAAGGGAAAUAUAUCAACCCGAUUAAAUAAUGUCUUUUUCAAGUUA